AUGCCGGAUUUAACAAUUCAUUCUCUAAGAGAAUUUUGGUUUAAAUGGCGUUCAUCACGUGUACUUAUUUUAUUUAUUGUCUUUGUUGCUUUAUUUCUUGAUAAUAUGCUUUUAACUACUAUUGUACCUAUUAUUCCUGAUUAUCUUUAUCAUCUUCAAAAUCCUAAAUCACCCAUGGAUGAAACAUACAAAUUUCUAGCUAAAAAUUGUUCUAAUGAUGAACUUGUUCGACAUCGAAGUUAUUUUGUUCGUCAUCCAUUUCAAUUUCGAAAAAUACUUCGUACAUCUUGUAAUUGGACAGUUGAUUGGGCUAUGAAUAAAACAGAAAUCGAAAAUAAACAACGAACAAUAAUUUUAGAAAAUGAAAAUCGAUGGGUUGGAGUUAUGUUUGCAUCAAAAGCUUUCGUUCAAUUACUAACAAAUCCAUUUAUUGGGCCAUUAACAAAUCGAGUGGGUUAUAGUUUGCCAAUGUUUUCUGGAUUCGUUAUUAUGUUUGUAUCAACUCUUACGUUUGUUUUUAGUAAAAGUUUUGGUUUAUUAUUUCUUGCUCGUGCAAUACAAGGUAUUGGAUCUGCUUGUUCGAGUGUAUCAGGACUUGGAAUGUUAGCUGAUCGUUAUCCGGAUGAUGAAGAACGAGGUAAAGCAAUGGGAACUGCAUUAGGUGGAUUGGCACUUGGUGUAUUAGUUGGUCCACCAUUUGGAGGAUUUAUGUAUGAAUAUGUUGGUAAAGCAUCACCAUUUUUAGUUUUAGCAGCACUAGGCUUAUUUGAUGGAAUAUUACAAUUAUCUGUAUUACAACCUGGUGUAUCUGGUGAACCAGUAGAAGGGGCUUCUUUGAAAACACUUAUUAAAGAUCCAUAUAUUCUUGUUGCUGCUGGUGCAAUUACAUUUGGUAAUGUUGGAAUUGCAAUGAUGGAACCAUCAUUACCCAUUUGGAUGAUGACAACAAUGAGAGCAAGCGAAUUCCAACAAGGAGCUGCAUUUUUACCUGCUUCAAUUUCAUAUUUAAUUGGUACGAAUCUAUUUGGACCAAUGGCUCAUAAAAUGGGAAGAUGGUUAUGUUGCAUGAUUGGUAUGAUACUUAUAUCUGUUGCUUUAAUUGGUGUACCAAUGGCUACAAGUAUCUAUGGUCUAAUUAUUCCAAAUGGUAUACUUGGUUUUGCUAUUGGUAUGGUUGAUUCAUCAAUGAUGCCAACAAUGGGUUAUUUAGUUGAUUUACGUCAUGCAUCUGUAUAUGGAAGUGUUUAUGCCAUUGCCGAUGUUGCAUUUUGUCUUGGUUUUGCAAUAGGUCCUGCAAUGAGUGGUUUUAUCGUACAUGCAUUUGGUUUUCGUUGUAUGCUGUAUACGAUUGCAUUUAUUUGUCUUUGCUAUGCACCUUUAAUGUUCUUUCUACGAAAUCCACCAGCAAAAGAUGAAAAAAUGUCAUUAAUUAUGAAUGAAAAUCAUAGUUCAUUUUCUUAUGCACGUAGCAAAUCAAUUGACAAUGAUAGUGGUUAUUGA